CGGGACAGACGGAACGAGCACCUGUCGCGAAAGGAAACGAAGACGGCCGGCCUAGCCGCCCAGGGAAGAGCUUUGGCGCGAUGCCCCCGUUCGUCCGGCGCUGCAACAAGCGCAGACGCCCCCGUCGGGCUCCUGCGGGCCCUCAACCUGACGACCCUCCGCCGCCCAGGCAGGACCCCACGGAUUGGUCGUCCGUCCCAGCGGCCCCGCCCCGGCCCUGCCGCGCACCCCCAUUGGCUGGUAGCCGGACGUCGCUCUCGCGGCGGGAGUUUCGCUGGGCGCGAGACCGGAUCUCCAUGGAGCGGCUGCGGGACGUGCGGACGCGGCUUCAGGAGUGGGAGCGCGCGUUCAGGCUGCAACACCGACGGCGGCCCGGCCUGGAAGACGUGGAGACGGCGCCCAAGAACAUCCGAGCUCUCUACCGGGAGUACCGCACCCUGAAGCAGACGGUGGGCCAGGCCGGCGGCGGGCUCCGCAGCUCCGAGCAGUCGCUCCCAGUUGUGGUCAAGGAGGUACCUGAGCCCCAGACCCCAGCCUGCCGCUGCUGGGGACCCCACCUGAAUCGGGCAGCAACCCAGCGUCCCCAACCUACUCCACAGCUGAGCCCCUGGGGAUCUGUACAGGACUAUGGGAAGAGGCUCAAGGCCAAUCUGAAGGUCAUUCCACAGGCUAAGCCAACCCUGGGCAGCAGACGCCAGCCUCCACGAAGACCCUCAUUGAAUGCCCACCCAAGUCCACCCGGCCCAAGGACUGCUUCCACCUCUCCAGAAGAAGUCAGUGAUGGCACACUUCCCCAGCCAUCUGAGCCCCAGCGAAGUCUAGGCCGGCUCCAGCAGCUUCGGGCAUCUCUGAGCCUGCGGCUGGGCUCCCUAGACCCUGGCUGGCUUCAGCGAUGCCACAGUGGACCCUUAGAUUUUUCAACGUCCCCCAGUACCUGCAGUCCUGGCCUGGGUGCAAAGGGGUCGCAACCUCUGGCCUCAGGUAUGUUUCCUGUCUUUGGUCCCAGUACUUGCUCUGAGAAAUUUUCACAGGAUCCAGAGACUCCAGCCCCACAGGCAACCCAAAAUGUUAAGGGAAGCCCUCCGCUCAGCAACCCUCAAGGCAAGAAGCAAAGAUGGAAUGAGAGUGGGGUGAGCCCUGUGCAGCUCCAGCAAGACAUUAACCAAACAGGACCCCUGUCUGAGGAUACUGGGGCUACAGCACUUGAGGAAGACUUUCCAGGGCAUCCUGUACAGGCCCAGCCACGUCAGCCCUGCAGCAGCUCCUCAGGUCCAGCUAGGGCAAAGAAGGCUAAGGCCAUGGGCCACGUGCACAUCUGCCAUAGACCAGCUGUCCCAGACAGAAGUAACUACGUCCGGCUCAACAUGAAGCACAGGCGCUAUGCACGGGGUGGGGCCCUUCGAGGUAGGCUCCUCCGCAAGCAGGCAUGGAAACAGAAGUGGCAGAAGAAAGGGGAGUGUUUUGGGGGUGGGGAGGCCAGAGCCCCAGCCGAGGAUUCUUGUUUCCAAUGUGGGCCGUUUGGCCACUGGGCUCCCCAGUCCUCCAAGCCAGGUGGUGAGAAUACAGGACCUCCUGGGCCUGAGCUGCAGGUGGAUCCCCCAUCCCGGCACCCCCCAGUGCUACCACUCUACCCACCAGGGCCCUCAGGACAGGUGGCAGAGACACCAGCUGAGGUGUUCCAGGCCCUGGAGCAGCUAGGGUACCACGCCUUCCGCCCAGGGCAGGAGCGUGCAGUCAUGCGGAUCCUGUCUGGCAUCUCCACACUGCUGGUGCUGCCCACAGGUGCUGGAAAGUCCCUGUGCUACCAGCUUCCCGCCCUGCUGUGCGCCCGCCGCAGCUCCUGCCUCACCCUGGUAGUCUCUCCGCUCCUGUCGCUCAUGGAUGACCAGGUGCAUGGAUAGGGCCUCAGCGCCUACCGACCUGCCCCGUGUCUCAAGGCAGCCUGCCUCCACUCAGGCAUGACCAAGAAGCAGCGGGAGUCUGUCCUGCAGAAGGUCAGGGCGGCCCAGGUGCAUGUGCUGAUGCUCCCAGAGGCACUGGUUGGGGCUGGGGCCAGCCUCCCCCAGCUGCCCCCCGUGGCCUUUGCCUGCAUUGAUGAGGCCCACUGCCUCUCUCAGUGGUCACACAAUUUCCGGCCCUGCUACCUGCGUGUCUGCAAAGUACUUCGGGAGCACAUGGGUGUACGCUGUUUCCUGGGUCUCACGGCCACAGCCACACGCAGCACCGCUCGCGAUGUGGCCCAGCACUUGGGAGUAGCCGAGGUGCUUGGCCUGGGUAGGCCAGUCCCCAUCCCUGCCAACCUGCACCUGUCUGUGUCUGUGGACAGGAACCCACACCAGGCUUUGGUGACGCUGCUGCAGGGUGACCGCUUUCGUGCCCUGGAUUCAAUUAUCAUUUACUGCAACCGACGGAGGGAAACGGAGCAAGUUGCUGCACUUCUCCGAACCUGCCUGUGUGCGGGGCAGGACCGAGGCUCUGGAGGUCGUGCCCCAGAGACUGUGGCUGCAGCUUAUCAUGCAGGCAUGUGCAGCCGGGAGCGGCAGCGAGUGCAGCGGGCCUUCAUGCAGGGCCAUCUUCGGGUGGUGGUGGCCACAGUGGCCGUUGGGAUGGGACUGGACAGGACAGACGUGCGAGCUGUGCUGCACCUGGGGCUGCCCCCAAACUUUGAGAGCUACGUGCAGGCUGUGGGUCGUGCUGGGCGUGAUGGGCAGCCCGCCCAGUGCCAUCUCUUCCUGCAGCCCCAGUUGGGCAAGGACCUGCAGGAGCUGCGUAGACACGUGUACGCUCACAGUGCCGAUUUGGCCCUGAAGAAACUAGUACAGUGCCUGUUCCCACCCUGCUCCUGCACCCCACAGCCUCCAGAGCAGGAGGGAGGCAGCAAUGGGGUGAGGCCCACAGCCGAGGCACACCCUCAGGAGGCCAAACAGCACAAUGGCCACUCAGCAGCCCCAGUGCAGAGACGGGCCUGCCCUAGCCAUGUACGAUUACUCCCAGUACAGCAGACAGUGCAGGCCCUGGACAUGCCAGAAGAGGCCAUCGAGACCCUGCUGUGCUACCUGGAGCUGCACCCACGGCACUGGCUGGAGCUACUGCCAACCACCUAUGCCCAUUGCCACCUAUACUGCCCCAGGGGCCCCACCCAGCUCCAGGUCCUGGCCCACAAGUAUCCUCUUGCAGCUGCAUGCUGGGCCAGGUGGCCACCUGAGGACAUGAGGCAGGGCAGCUCCAUGGAAUUCGAUGUGGGCAAGCUGGCGGAUGUGAUGGGCUGGGAGCCGGCAUCUGUGCACCAGGCUCUGCGCCAGCUGCAGUGGGACCAAGAGCCCAGGACAGGUGGGCUGCAGGACACAGGGGUGACCGUGGAGUUCAGGGAGCUGGCGCUUCACCUGCGCAGCCCUGGUGAUCUGACCGCUGAGGAGAUGGACCAGGUCUGUGACUUUUUGUACAGCCGUGUGCAGGCCCGGGAGCGCAAGUCCCUGGCGCAUCUGCGCCGAAUGUUUGAGGCCUUUCACAGUGUGGCCUUCCCCAGCUGUGGGCCCUGCCUCGAGCAGCCUGACAUGGAUCGCAGUGCCCAGCUGAAGGCCCUACUCGGCUGCUACUUCGAGGAAGAAGAAGAAGAGAAAGAGGGAGGGAUAGAGGAGCAGGGCCCAGAGCCUGGGCAGGUCCAGCUUCAGGACUGGGAGGACCACGUCCGCCGUGACAUCCGCCAGCUCCUGUCCCUGAGGCCAGAGGAGAGGUUUUCCAGCAGGGCUGUGGCCCGCAUCUUCCAUGGCAUUGGAAGCCCCUGCUACCCAGCCCAGGUGUAUGGGCAAGACCAGCGCUUCUGGAGAAAGUACCUACACCUGAGCUUCCCUGCCCUGAUGCGCCUGGCCACAGAGGAGCUCCUGCUGGUUGGCCGAUAACUGCCCUGCUCAAAGGUGCUGCCCCCAUGGAGGACAGGCAGACUCAAGGCAGCGGUGCAGCUGUCAGUGAUCAGCACAGUGACUGACUGGGUGAAACCUGCCAGCAAUUGAGUGGGAACAAAGAGGCCCUAAAAUGCAGAAUAAAAGGAGUUUGAGCUGUUUUUAUGA